AAAUAGUUUGUCUAUGGUUUUUAUUUGAAGUCUGAAAAAUGGCUGCUGCGAAUUUAGUUCGAAGUGCUUUUAGUGGAUUAUUACGAAAAUCCACCUCCUAUAGAACACCGGUGGUAUGCCGGCUAUCAACUGUAGCCCUUCAACAAAAAUUCCGUACAGCCAUAACUUUGGCUAAAGCCCAAAAUUCCCUUCAUCUGCAAAAUGAGACCCAGAAAAUCGGUAUCCGCAACUACAGUGGCGGCCCCCCGCUCUCCUUAGAGCUUAUUAAAAGUAGGGUGCUCCUUGUCCUGCAACUUUAUGACAAAGUUAAUCCUGAUAAGCUCUCAGUGGACUCUCACUUCAUGACUGACCUUGGUCUGGACUCCUUAGACCAUGUGGAGGUCAUCAUGGCAAUGGAGGAUGAGUUUGGCUUUGAAAUUCCUGAUGGUGAUGCAGAGAGGCUUGUCAGACCACGAGACAUUAUCCAGUACAUAGCCGACAAAGAAGAUGUCUAUGAAUAAACUUUACAAUUAGGGCUCCAGCAUCUCAAAUAAUGUCUCGGACCAACUGUUUCUUGCACCAAAUCUGAACAGUGAAGUAAUAAAUUGCAGUAACUUUAAGCCAUAAUUUGCAGUUGGUCCAAGACAUGAAGGGUCAGCUUAGUAUCUAGUUCUGAUUUAAUUUACUUGUAAUUCAAGAAUGAACAAUAUGAACAUGGCUGAACAUCAUCUGUGAAGAUGUACAAA